GGUAGGGUCAAUUUGUUGUUGCGUUAUUUUAUUAGUUUUGCAGUAAUUUCAUGAUUAUUGAAUAGGGAAAGUGUUGAUAAACAAAAGUUGAUCUCAAGAUGUGGGACCCUACUCACGUUCAAGUGACCGUACAAAAAGCUCGUGGACUACUAAUCAAAGGGAAAAACGGUACAAAUAACUGUUUUGUUACCAUUGCCCUCGGUAAAGAAAAAUUCCAAACUUCCGUUAAACAUAAAGCCACACAGAAUGUGGAAUGGUUAGAAGAAUGCGAACUACCAAUACCUACUCAAGGAAACACCGCUGAAGUUGUACUUAAAGUUUAUGACGAAGAUUUUGUUAAAGAUCAUUUAUUGGGUCAAGUAUCGAUUCCGUUAAAAGACCUCGAUGUAUACGAGCGGCCAAGAAACCGCUGGUACAAGCUGCAGGGUAAAUCAGGCAAAGAAAAUGACAAGGACAGAGGUGAAAUAGAAGUCAAAAUAGCCUUCACAGUGAAGGAAGGCAGCCUCACGGAUCUCAGCAAGAAAGACAAGCACCGAUCCUCCUUAUCGAGCCUGGCACAAAAUGUUGGUGGAAGCCUCAUGAGCAUUGGCAGUAUUGAAAAACGUAAAAGUUUAAAAAAAUUUGCCAAAAAUAUUAGCUCUAAAAUGAAUUUAAACAAUAAAAAAGAUAAGAAAAAUGACUCAUCAUCGAUAAGUGGCAGUGUUGGAAAUCUAAAAGGUGCUACCUUACCUUCUCCAAUCCACUCAACACCUAAAAGAUUAUCAGGAGAAGCUGACCCUGGUGUCAUAAGUGAAGAUGAUGAUGAAUUCGCUUUUGAUGAUUUGUCACACAAAAGUUCAGGCAGUUCACUUAAUGUCCAAGCAAGCUAUGCACCCAGAAGUUUCAAAUACACACCAUCACCUGUAAAUGCAUCUUUAGAAAAUUUAGGUGGAGGAGAAUUUUUAAGAAGAUCUACAAGUAGCACCUUAGCUGUUCCAGAAAAAAGUAUUCCACAAAAACCUGUUCGAUUGAGCUUGGACACAUUCACUCCACCACAAUUACCUACUCCAGUUAUGGAUUCAAAUGAUGAAUGGUCUCAAAAGUUGCUUCCGAGAAAAUCUAUGAGUCAAUUGGCUAUAGAUAGAGAGAAAUCUUCAAGCCUUGAAAGAAACAAGAAAUUAGACAGUCCAAGUUCCUUAAAAGAAAAGCCUAGUCCUAAAUUCUUUAAGAAGUUUGUUGGUAGCAGUAAACCAAAAAAAUUACUUGAAGAAAGGAUUAUAGUUGGUGAAGAAAAUAUUGUUGAGGAAGACUAUGUAAAUCCUCUGUAUCAUAACAUUCCCAAAACAGUAUUGCAACAGUUUGAAGGAAAGACACGAGAAGAUUUAAUUGUCAUGAUUUACAAUUUGCAAAAAGAUGCAGAAUUGGAAAAAAAGAAAACGAAAGACUUGGAAAACUAUUUGGAUGAACUACUCUUAAGAGUAAUGGAAACAACACCCCGCAUACUCCAGAAUCCCUAUGUAAGAAACAACAGCAUGUAUAUUCGUAACAAAUAACCAAGCAAUUGGGUAAAAAAAAUAUAAUGAAACCAUUCUUUAUCUAUUGCAUGAUUGCAUAUGAUUAAUGUGGCAUGCCUUAGUCUUUGCAAUACCUGUGUAAUACUAAUAAUUAUAGUUGGAAACCUGUGUUAAUUAUUUAACCAUUAAAUUGUUACUUGUAUUACAUUUAAGAACAUAGUAACAUUAUUCAAAAUGCUACUAACAACAAUAAGAAGCAAGCAAAUCAUUUGGUCAAAAACAGUUAAUGCUUAUUAGAAAGUUGCAAUUCAAAUUUGUGGCUGCAUAUUGUUAUACUCAUCUUUUAUGUUAAACUUUCACUCAUUUCACCAACGUUUAACAAUCAAAUUUGUAUAAUAAAGAUAUGAAGUAGUGCCUUAUACAUAUCGCAAUUACACUGUGAUAUUUCUAAAUAGAGGUCCAACUCAAAUUAAAUUUCCUUUAUAUAUUUAAUCCUAACAGGAAUAUAGUAAAUUAUUUUUAAUCACUAAGCAAAUAUUUUACUUUGUAAUAUUUUCUUUUCAGAAAUUAAGGUGUGAAAUACGUAAAUAAGUAUGAUCUGAUAAGAAAAUCUGGAUUAUUAUUUGACACAUUAUCAGAUUGUAUUUGAGAAAUCACCUACACUAUGUAUUAUCAUAGCAACAUAUCAAAAUGUAUCAAAUGCUAAUAAUAAAAGCACUGCCUGAUAUUUAUCAACAACGGUAGUUGUUCAAAACUUUAAUUGAAUGAAGUGCCAAAAUUAUAGUUUUAUAUCAAACUAGUUUUCCAAUCCUCAUGACUAAUUUGUCACCUAUCAGGUGGUUUUUGUUAAUUUUUACAAAGUUUAUGUCUAUUCUAUCUAGAGAUUAUAAUGGUUAUGAUAAUAUUUCUUAAAUAUUUUAUAUUUUAAAAAUAACAACAAGCAUAUCAUAUUUUUUUGCUUUGUUUAAUGACUCGUUUGUAAACUAAGUACCUAUCUAAAGAACUGAUUCAUAAAACAAUAAUUUAUUAAUGCAGUUCUAAGUCUUCAGUCACUUCAAGAUGUUACAAACUCAAUUUCAACAUAAUAUUAUGUUUUAUAAAUAAUAUUAACAUCUUGAUCUAUUAUACAUAAAAUAUAGAUUGUUUUGGUUGUUUUUUUGUAAUGUAUGAUAAUAUAUUCUUACUACAAUACAUAAAAUCAUUAUGUUAAUAGUGCAUGUUUUUUUUGUCUUUGAUUAAUUACCAUCACAUAAACUGAUUCCUGAAUUUAUCAUAAGAUAAAAAGUAUGUAAUAGAUGUUUAAUAGUUAGUAAAAUGUAAAAGAAGUGCAAAAUUUAGAUUAGAUUUAUAAAUGUGCAAUAUAAACAUCUAAAAGGUCAAGUGAGACAUGGUAAUAGUCUAGGAGUUGUGCAAAAAAUGUUAGGUAAUAAUCUACUGAGGUUGUCUGAAAUGGAGUGAUCUGAAAUACUUUAAAUGGUGUCAUAUACAAUGUGUCAGCAUAUUUUUGUUCAAAAAACACAGAACAAAAUUAUAAUAUAGGUUGUAUGAAAGUUAUAACAUAGUUUAAAGAAUUAUUCAUUAUUUUCUAUGUUGUGGCUACAUUAUCGAAAUUCUAAGAAUAUUUAGUUUUAUCAUGAAUAAUGCUGUGUUGGUCAUGGCCCAAAACUUAGGUUUAAAUUUCAAUCCUAUAAUUUGAUUGUUCUUUUAUGACCAUUAACAUAUUUCAGCACUCAUAUUUAUAUUUAAAUGAUAUUUUUGUAAAUUUUUCAAAUGAGUAUGCGGUCGAUUAUGACAGAAACUAUUUUGCAUCAGUGCCUACAAUUGUACAAAAAUUGAACUUGGUUCAUUAUACGACAGGCGAUAGCGUAAAACAUAAAUGAACGCCUUUUUUAAAUUCUACAAAUAUGUAAUAAAUACAAUGCUCACAUUGUAUAAACUAUCCAGAUAGCCUAACGACGACAUUUAGAUUUCGGCUUAAUGUCACUUUGUGGGUAGAGUAUUUUGAGAGGGCCAGGAACUCGUCUGUGAAAUAAUAAUUAAAUUAAAGACAAUGCGGUUUUGUUGAAACUUUAACUAGAAAUUUGCACUCUCACAAUGGAAGCCCUAAUCUAACACGAAUGUUAACACGAAAUUUAUCUGUAGCCACAGCAUUAGCAAUAAUUAGUUACUUUAGAAAUUAGUAACCAGAAUUAAGGAUUAUUUAUUUGAUUUUUAUUUCCUAAUAAACUGCUUACUCUUAAUUUUAUUUAUUCAGUUUAAAUGAUAAGAGAAAAGUAUGUUUUCAAAUUUGUUAGGAUUUCUGUAUGCUAACCCAUAAAGA